GCGUUGCGCUUUCCGUCCGUGUCGUUAAGAGGCCGUGACGUGAAGCUGUGCAACUUUUACUGUCGAUACGUGCGCGCGUAUGUGUGUGUAUGUGUGUGUGUAGAUAGAUGGUUACACAGUAGCCUAACGAGCUCGCGUGAGUUCGCGCGCGUAGCCUAUGUGCACGCGAGCGAUUUGAACACGUAUUAUAUAUCGGUGUGUGACACUGUAAUGUGUGCGCGUCGUCCAUUGAUGUUGUUUUGACACCGGUGACGUAGACCGUGACGCGCCUUAACAAUGAGAUAAGCAGAUCGGCUGUGUGAAUAAAUAACACGCUUGUGUGUGUGUGUGAGUGUGCGUGUGUGAGUGCGCGCGCGCGCGUGCGUGUCUCAUUGACGGACACUGGGGGAUUUCUCAGCUGCGCACUUGAGAUUUUUGGAGCACAAAGCGACCCACGCUGAAUGAAGCGGGAGUCUGAACACUUUCCUCUGUGUGCACUUUGUUUCUGCAGAGGGAAAAAACAACAACUGCCUGAAUCCAGCUCUGUUCACUGUCCACACACCUGACGCACAGGCGGCCUGACAGCACGCAGGGUAUGUGACGUCAUCUCAGAAAUGAUGGAAGCUGCACACGAGGAUAAAGUGUGACCCCAGGUGAAACUAGUUGAAACAGCCCUACAGGAAACAGUUUAUUCACUGAGAUAAAAAGCCGCCAGACGGACGAGUGUCACCGCGUGUCAGACAUCAACAGCAGCAGCACUGUAAUGAUGACUGAACGCUCUGGGACGAGGCCGGCUACACACAAGUGGUCUGCUGACCUUUGACCCCUCAUGGAUUAAAAAUGGCACUCGGGCAGAGACGGGGAGGGAAGCGAGACGUCUUACUCUCUGGGAAUUCUGGGAAUUUAACAAACGUGUUGGAUUGAAGCGGCGCCGCACAGACCGGACCAGCUGGUGUCUUCUUUUUAUUUCAAUGGGACUGGCAUGGUGCGCUGAAGAUGGAGUGAGGCGUGAGUGGGAGAUGUUCCUGAAGAGAAACUGAUUACAGAAAAAUACUUUGAGUCAAGGAUGGAGCAGGAUUUUACACAGUAGGACGAACCGCUCAGACGUUGUGGACAGUGAAACCUGGACUAGCAUUAGCCAGAACUCAUCUUUAAACUAUAAACAUUAGUAAACUCAAGCAGGCGACAGCAGCCUGUCUCCCUAAACCUUCCCAUUGCUCAUUGUUUUGAAUGGACGUCUGACUUCAAACUGUAACUCUGACUCCAGGUCAGUUUUCCUGCUGCAGCGCGGCUCAAGAAUAAAACAAAAACCAAAACAAAAAACUACAAACAUGGCCGCUACAGGAAGGAAGCACUUGGUGAGAGACUUUAAUCAUUUCAUCACCUGUUACCUGUGUCGAGGUUACCUGAUUAAACCAACCACGGUCACCGAGUGCCUGCACACCUUCUGUAAGAGCUGUAUUGUGCAGCACUUUGAAGAGAGUAAUGACUGUCCUAAAUGUGGCAUUCAGGUCCAUGAGACCAACCCACUGGAGAUGCUCAGGUUGGACAACACCCUGGAGGAGAUCAUUUUCAAGCUGGUGCCCGGACUCAGAGAAAGAGAGGAGCAGCAGGAACUCGAAUUCUGGAGGAAGAACCAGCCCAAAGAAAACGGCCAAGAAAACCUGAGGUGCCAGAGGUUCGGGCUGCCUGAUGUUGGAGGCGACGGCGGCGACGGUGGCGGCGACGACGGCGACGGUGGCGGCAAUGACGACUACCACAGGAGUGAUCCUCAGAUAGCCAUCUGUCUGGACUGCCUACGUAACACAGGACAGUCAGGGGAGAGCACUGUCACGGAUUUGAUGAAGAGGUUCAUCCGCUGCUCCAGUCGAGUCACCGUGGGAACAAUUAAGAAGUUUCUCAGUCUUAAACUAAAGCUGCCCAGCUCUUAUGAGCUGGAUGUGCUGUGUAACGGAGAGAUCAUGGGCAGAGAUCACACUCUGGAGUUCAUCUACAUGACCCGGUGGAGGCUACAUGGAGAGAAUACGUAUCCCAUGGUUCUUGAGUACCGGCCACGCAUCGACUUCGGCUGAAGUUCGGCUGCAAGAAGAGGACCACACACACACACACACUCACACACACACACACGUAUACACACACAUACACACACACAUACACACACACACACGUAUACACACACAUACCCACAUUUGCACGUGCACACAAAUACAUACAAACACACAGACGCCCGCAAUGUGCAGAGAAAGAGAAAGAUUUAAAUGUAUUUUUGUACAGCCAAUGAUGAAGUGCAUACGUUGUUAUGGUAAAGAGGUUUUAUGCUACAUAGAAUAAUAUAUGCUAUAAUAUAUGAUAUUUUUAAAUGUAUGUCCCUGUGCCUAAAAACCUGUUGAGAUCAGAAAUGAAGUACGACCAUAUCUUCACUUUGCCUGUCUAACUCUGUAGAUUAAAUGUUGAUUUUCUACCGUU